AUGAGCGUUGAACUCGAUGUUUAUAUCAACGUCUCCAUAUGUACCGAGGGCCGUGUCACAAAACGAACCAUAGUGCGUGCCUCUGAUGACGAAAAUGUUGGUAAUUUAUUGACGCGCUCCGGAUGGCAGGACACAGAAGAAGUAACCGUCUCCAGCGUUAAAGCCGGUACACAUUGGUUGUGGGAAGUUCUCAACAUGUUAAGAAACAAGACGACCGAGUACAAAAAAGACGUGAAAGAGAAACAAAUGAUAGAAUUUCUUCAGAAGGGAGAUCUUGAUAAAGAACCUUCACCAAGAGUUUUAAACACACAUUUAUAUCCCAGUCUUUUACCAAAACAACUGUUAGAGAAAAAAACCAAACUGGUUUAUUUGAUUUGGAAUCCUAAAGAUACAGCUGUUUCAUUGUAUUUUCAUUUCUAUGGAUUACAAUCUAUGACAUCUUAUACAGGAGAUGUACAUGAUUUUUUAGAUAUGUACCUGCAUCGAGAAUGUUAG